AUGAAGAUCAUAAUACUACCAUAGUAAAAUUUUUAGUUGACUAAGCAUAUAAAAGAUAUAUUUUUUGCUUCUUAGGCCAGAAAAAAGCAUAUGUAUGGAAUUACUAAUAAUAAUUGCAAGAAUAAUAUCUAUUUUUACCCUCAAUCCAAAUUAAAAAGUUAAAGAUAGAGCAAAAUUAUAUACUUAUUUCUUGUGCUUUUUAAAUAAAUAUAUUUCAUCUUGACGCUUCCAUCCAGUUUUUUACUGUUAUUAAGAAAAAUUUUAUUAAAGAUAAAAUAAUAGACUUUUUUUUUGUUUCAGACAAGGUAAUAGCAAUUUUUUUCAUUGAUAAAUUUGAACUAUUCUUAAUUCAAGGAGAAAAUGUCAACCUAGUUUCCUAGCAGAAUUAUUCUUAUCCUAAAAUUGUAGAUUAUCAUUUCGAUUCUUUAAGCAAUUAAGUUAAAAUAAUAGGAAUGCAUUAAAACGGAAUUUUUGAAAAUAAUUACAAUUUAGAUACUUUUUCUUAUGAUUAAAUAUCAGAAUGCACUCUUUUAAUAUCGAAUUCUGAUAUAGCAUAAGUCUAGCAAAAUUUAAAUUCAGUUUAUCCAAAACAAAUUUAAACUCAGUCAAUAAAUGGAAUCUCAUUAAUCGACUUACAAAAUUAUUAAAGUUAUGUCUAUUUAUAAGUUACAAGUAUUGACCUAUAAAAAGCAAUCUAAUACACUUCUUAAUAUUAAAAUAGAUAAUUUGUGGUUUCUUCAUAUAAUAUUUAGAAUAGUGUUGUACUUCUCUCAAAUGAUACUUUUUAAAGCCUAAGUCUACCGAUCUUUUAGCUUGCUAACUUUAAUUUAGAUUUUUAAAACAAUACAAAUUUAAAUAUCAAUAUUAAUCAGAAUUCAAAUACCUAACAAAUUAUUUUUUAGAAUAUUACAAUAAGUUUUUAAUGUUUUAGUAAUAAUAAAAUAAUAUUUUCAAACGUUCAAAAUAUUAUUUUUUAAAAUAUUAAAAUAUCUUAGUAAGACCUUAGAGAAUGUUCAGGUAACCUCAACUAAGCAAACUCUUUAUUCUUUUUUAAUAAUAUAUCAUAAAUUUUAAUUUACAACCUAGAAAUAUUGA